AUGCCACCCCAGCAGCAGACUCAAGUGAACGUCGCCCCAAAGGUCGUCCAGGGGGAUCUGAAGAAACUGGCACCAGGCAUGAGGGACUUCAUUGAAAGUAAUGCCAAGCUAUGCCAGCCAGAGUCCAUCCACAUCUGCGACGGCUCAGAGGAGGAGAACAAGAGGAUCUUGGAGCUGAUGGUAGAGCAAGGCCUGAUUCGGAAGCUUAGCAAAUACGAGAACUGCUGGUUGGCUUCCACAGACCCCAGGGACGUGGCUAGGAUUGAAAGCAAAACGGUCAUUGUCACCCAGGAGCAGAGGGACACCAUCCCCAUCCCUCAAAGCGGAGUGAGCCAGCUGGGGCGCUGGAUGUCGGAAGAAGAGUUUGAGAAAGCCUUCAGUGUCCGAUUCCCUGGCUGCAUGAAAGGGCGCACUAUGUACGUCAUCCCUUUCAGCAUGGGACCACUUGGUUCUCCUCUAUCCAAGUUUGGGAUCGAGCUGACAGAUUCCCCAUAUGUUGUAGCCAGCAUGAGAAUUAUGACCCGGAUGGGAACGUCUGUCCUGGAAGCCCUUGGGGAUGGGGAAUUUGUAAAAUGCCUCCAUUCCGUUGGAUGUCCUUUGCCGUUGAAAAAACCUCUGGUGAAUAACUGGCCGUGUAACCCUGAUAUGACUCUGAUUGCUCACAUCCCUGACCACAGAGAGAUCAUCUCCUUUGGAAGUGGUUAUGGAGGCAAUUCCCUACUGGGGAAAAAGUGUUUUGCUCUCAGAAUUGCCAGCAGGAUUGCCAAGGAGGAGGGCUGGCUUGCUGAACACAUGCUGAUCUUGGGUAUCACAAACCCAGAAGGCGAAAAGAAGUACUUUGCAGCUGCUUUUCCUAGUGCUUGUGGGAAAACCAACUUGGCCAUGAUGAAUCCAACUUUGCCAGGGUGGAAGGUCGAGUGUGUUGGGGAUGAUAUUGCUUGGAUGAAAUUUGACGAAGAAGGCAAUUUAAGAGCGAUCAAUCCGGAGAACGGCUUUUUUGGGGUUGCGCCUGGAACUUCAGAGAAAACAAACCCGAAUGCUAUGAAGACUAUACAGAAGAACACCAUCUUCACCAAUGUAGGAGAAACCAGCGAUGGAAGCAUCUACUGGGAAGGUAUCGAGGAAAACCUUGAACCAGGAGUGACGGUGCUCUCAUGGAAGAACAAAGAAUGGACCACCAAGAGCGGAGAACCAUGCGCUCACCCCAAUUCCCGAUUCUGCACACCUGCCAGCCAGUGUCCCAUCAUUGAUUCUGCCUGGGAGGCUCCGGGAGGCGUUCCUAUUGAGGGAAUAAUCUUUGGAGGGCGGAGACCUGAAGGUGUUCCUCUGGUCUACGAGGCCCUUAAUUGGCAGCACGGAGUAUUCAUAGGUGCUGCAAUGAGAUCAGAAGCAACAGCCGCAGCGGAACAUAAAGGCAAAAUCCUCAUGCAUGACCCUUUCGCCAUGAGGCCUUUCUUCGGCUACAACUUUGGCCGAUACCUAUCCCACUGGCUCAGCAUGGCGCACCGACCUGUCGCAAAGCUGCCCAAGAUAUUCCACGUCAACUGGUUCCGGAUGGACAAGCAAGGCAGGUUCCUGUGGCCCGGUUUUGGUGAGAACUCCCGCGUGCUGGAAUGGAUGUUCAAGCGGAUCCAAGGAGGGGGCUCUGCCCGGCUGACGGCUAUCGGCUACGUCCCGGAUGACACAGGGUUGAACUUGAAAGGCUUGGAAGGUGUCGAUGCUCAUGCUCUGUUUGACGUCUCCAAGGAAUUCUGGGGAAAGGAAGUUGAAGAAAUCAAGAAGUAUUUUGAGGAACAAGUGAAUGCUGACCUACCUUAUGAGAUGGAAAGGGAAGUCCUUGCUCUGGAGCAGAGGAUAAAGCAGCUCUAA